AUGGUCAAGUUUAAGCCUGAGGUUUACCAAUAUGAGGAAAUGGAGAAGGAUGCCAAGGCAAGGGCCGAUAAUGAUUUAGUAAGAAGGAUUUAUGAACUUAAGAAUGCAAUGAGAAACCUACAAACUACUAGGGGAAGCAAAAGCCUAGAGUAUGAUGAUCUGUGUGUGCAGCCAGACAUUGACUUGCCCAUGGGAUAUAAGCCACCAAAAUUUGAUUUAUUUAAUGGAGUUGGUGACCCUCAUACACAUUUGAGGGCCUACUGUGAGAAAUUAUUAGGAUUAGGGAGAAAUGAAAUGAUCAUAAUGAAGUUGUUCAUAAGAAGUUUGUAUGGUGAAGCUUUUGCUUGGUACACACAACAAGAUCUUCAUAAAUGGUGUGGCUGGAAUGAUAUGGCGCAAGACUUCAUGGAUCAGUUUAAAUUCAACACUAAAAUCACACUAGAUAGGUUCUACUUGGCCAAGUUGAAAAAGAAAUUGACCGAGACAUUUCGGGAGUAUACGCUGCGUAGGAGGGCAGAAACAGCUAAAGUCCAACCACCAAUGAGUGAAGGUGAAAUGAACCCCACUUUUAUUGAAUACCAAGAUAACAUUUUGUACUAUGAAAAAAUGAUAACCAUGACGGGACAAAAGUUCAUGAAAGCCAUUCGAAUGGAAGAAAUCUUGGAUGAUGGGAUUAAGUUGGGGAGAAUCCAAGACUAUACGUCCUUGCAGGCUACAAGCAAAGCAAUUCAAUAUAGUUCUAUUAAUGGGAACAAUUAA